GGACUGCAACUUCAAAUUCUGUGUCUCUCGUCUUCACAAUGACUUUUCACAUAGCGGAGCACUUUUUCAACUUUUUUUACAAGCGAUGCCGAUAUCUACAAGUACACCACAAAUACCAUGAUGAGUCCGUUUCUGCCAGGUCUGCAAGUAGAAGUAAAUUCCGCUGCGCCCCAGCAGUUGUCGCGGCUGUAACAAAGGCAGAGCGCGCGGGGAGAGGAAGCGCGUUCCGUCGCUCUCCUGCCGGCCGCCGCACGACUUGGUCGCGGACAAGUAGACAGCACAGGGUGAAUUUCCAAAACUACAAGCGACAGGCAGUACUAAAGCCAUCGCGAUAUCGAAAGAUCUUCAAGAAAAUGGGAACCGGAAGUACAAGUUCAGCUGCUGGCAGCAAGAAGAUGAAGAGCAGCGUGGCCAAAAGCGACGCCAAUACCACGGAUCUUGUUGCGGAGAAAGGACUGGCGAAGACGAGCAAAGCUAAUAAAGCAAAAACUACAGAUGCUAGUAAAAGUGCCGGAGAAGUGAAAAAGUCCACCGACAAAAAGAACGCGAAAAAUAAAAGUGUUGUCGAAGAUAAAGAUUCAGGUGAAGCACCUAGUACGAAGACAAACAAGCAAGCCGACAGCGAGCGCAAAGCCACUGGCGGCGAUGCUAAAAAAACGAAGAAAAGUAGCACCACAACAUCAUCGGAGUCGAAGAAGCGAGAGAAUGAUCCAGGCACAGUAAAACCGGAUGUGGUGGGUAGUAAAGAAGACCAUGUCGGUUGUAGUACUAGCAAGAACAGCAGGACGAGAAAAGCGGAGGAAGAAAACAAACUCGGUGGUCCGGCCGCCGGUACUUCUAAGAACUCGUCGUCCUCUUCUUCGUCAUUGUUGCCUGGAUCUGGUGCAGGAGCAGCUCCAGCAACAUCAUCAGCUGCUUCCUCAUCCAAGAAAGAGAAACAGCAAUCUUCCAGUGCUGGAGGUAGUAAAAAAAAGCCGGCACCACAAGAACUUGACGACGACAACAACGACGACGACGCACCAGGACGACCCUCUCGUCCGGGAUCAGGAACAAGCAAGAAAACCGCAAGCCGCGAUAGUGCAACAUCCUUCAGCGUAAAGCUCGUUCCGGGGGCUGUGCUGCCAAUGACGGACGGAACAGCAUCAACAGCGAAAGCGGGUAAGAAAGUGAAAGUCGAGAAACUUCCGGGCGGCAUGGAGCGGUACAGCUUCGUGGAGGAUGAAGAGGACAAGCAGGACGUCGAAAGCUCUCGUCCUGCGGAGAAAAAACUGCCGAAAAAGAAGACGAAAAAAGAGGAGAAGCUCCCGACAAGAAGUUCAACUCUGUUACAUGAUGUGGCACCCGCGCAACAGAAAUCUUCCUCGUCUGCGUCGUCCUCGAAACUAGUACCCCGAGCGGGAGGUACUACUAGUAGUACCAGCACAGCAGGAAGACCGCGAGUCGCAGGUCCUUCGAUGAGAAGGGUAAAAAAUUCCGUGGUGGGCUUACGAAUGAGUGGAUCAUCUUCAUCUUCUCCGUCAUUAUCGUCCUCCUCAUCAUCCUCAAAUUCACCAUCGCCUAAGCGGAAGAAAAGGAAUCUUAGAAAGAUUCCCCCGCCUCCCAUAUCCUGAGAAAACACGGGCCCACUGUCCCAGAAUUGUCAUGCAGAUAAUUUGCUAUUGCUGCAACUAUAGGAACACUUGGAAAAAUGCGCAUCCUCAGUCAUGACAGGUAUAUCCAAUUGCGUUUUGGCAUUUGUAAUCAAUGUAAUGCUGAAGAUGUAUCAGUAAGUAAACUAGAUAAUGUAGGAGACGGCUCUGUGAUCCACGGCUGCCUGCUCUUGCUAAACUACACAAUAAAUACUUUUCAUGCGACGUGCGUCCCAAAACUUCUGGAUUUGUGCUGCAGAGCUCCCAACCAUAAUUGACUCUGGAUUUGUGGGCCCCGUUUUUUCUCGGCAUAUCCCUACGUCGAUCGAGAACCCCCGGACAUGGCGGUUCCGGGAGCCGCGAGAAAGGAACAAAAGCGGCAACAACGGGAAGCCAAGAAAAAGUGGAAAGAGAAAAAGGCAAACCGGCAAAAGCGCAAACUUCUGGGACAAGGGACAAAACUCGAGCCGAUUGCUGAAGUGGAUGGAGAAGACGCGCGGACUAGAAGUAGCGGUGCAAGUUUUACUAGCAGAAAAAUGGCUGUGGAUGGAAAUCUAAAUCACAUUGGCGUCGAUGACAAGCAGGAGGCCAAUGGGGUGGAGAUGAUAGAGCAAGACCUACUUCCACCCGCCGGCCCUAGCGAGAGCCUGAGCCGCGCCGAGCCACUUCUAGCGGAAGAUGUUGAGUCGGGCGGCCUUGAAGACGUAUCGAUGCUCGGUCGUGGAGAUAAAAAAGAGGACGCUCCUACUUCCGGUCCCCAGAGUAAAAGGCGGAAAAUUGCAUCAUCUCUUCUCGAAGAGGGGCCAGCGGAUAAUGAUGACGAGAGCAAUAACAAGAAUCGCCGGAGAAGAAGCACGGGUGGAGCUAGUGGAUCUUCUCCCGAGCAGAACAAGAUGAGAGGAAAGAAGAAACGAGACGACAAGGAUGUAAUUUCUCCAAAACGUGGUGAACAAGGAGCUGAGCCCCAACUACUAGUACCUGUUAAAGCGCCGGAUCAAGGAAAUAAAAACUCAUCCGCCAAGAACAAGAUGAAAAACAAGCCUGCAACAUCUUCAAGUGCAGCGAAUAAGUCUGGUCCUCCUGCAUCAACGAAAUCGCAAAAAUCGCCUGGAAAAGAACUUCUACGAGCUGCAGGCGAGGGAAAAAUUAAUAAAGAUGCUAAAGGCGCCGGCCCUCCUCUGCAGGACCGGGUACCAGAGACAGAUCCACAUAAGCAGCCGCUAGAGGAAGAAGAACAGCAGGAAGCUGACCAACAACCUCCUCCUCCGCCUUCGCUUCCGCGCCCAUCUUCAAACGACCCAAACCGUUCGAGGAGCGGGACAAAUGGCCAUGAUAACCUUCAAGAACAACCCAGAGGACUACGACCAGGAGGACCAGGAGCCCCAGGUACUGGCGGCGGUUCUUCCUCCUCCACCUCCGCUCUGCUGCACGACCGAACCCUCCUCCCCUGGAUCCCCUACUCGCACAGUGCCGUGGUUCCUGGCGCCGACUUGCAUUACGUUCCGGGAUCGUCCAAAGCCAGCAAUGGCACGGACAAAACCGGGCAGGCGUUGAGACACAGCGCAAGGUUGGCGCACGAUGGGUUUCUGUUAGACGACGCGUUUCUCCAGAAAGUCCGGACUUUGCAACAGAAGGAGGAGGAGGACGAGGCUGCGAAAGCCGCGAAGAGGGAGCGGAUCUUGAAAAUGAAGCGAAAUAAGGAGGAAAAAAAAAUCGUAGAAGGAGCGAAGAACAAAGGCGAUCCUGUAGUUGACCACGGUGAUGCUGGUGUAGUCCUCUCUCCGGGGAAAGAAAAGUCCGGCGGAGGUCCUCUCACGACCGCUGGAAAUGAUGAAGAAGCAUCUGCCGGUCGUGGUCCAGACGAAAGGAAGAAAGGUCUUGUAGAUGGGAAGAAAAAUCCCAAAAGGCCCGUCUCUCCGCCGCCGGAAUCUGUUCAACCAGGAUCACUAGACGUCGGUGGACAAGGAAAAAUAAAUAGUAAUCAACAAGACCAGAGGACCCCGCCCGGCAAUAAUAGCAGCAACAAGCCCCCGGCGCCUUCUAAAAACCCUACUGCAAAUAAAGCAAACUCAAGCAACAUCUUCCGAGUUCCGCACCUGCACCAACUUCGACGGCAGCAGCAGAGCCCGGCGGCGGACCGAACUUUGAUCCACAUGUCGCAGCGCUCGGAAGUGGUCCAGGUAGAUGGGAAGCCGGUCGUCGUGACGCGCACCAACUCCGCCGGCGCGUGCAUCGUGCUCCCGUCGCGGCACUACCACAACCAGGGAGGGCCGCACCGCGUGCAAACGGAAGCGGUGCUGGCGCAGGAGGAUCCAGAGCAGCGGGACCAGAUCCACAAGCUCGUCGUGUACUGGGUGAAAAACUACAACAAACUAACCCCGGGGUUGGAGCACUUGCCGCAGUCCUUCGAAGUGAAAUCCCACGACCCGGACAAGAAAUCAGGCACUCUGUUGAAGUAUCCUGUGCAAAAGUAAUAUCGUACACGUAAGUACUAAUUGCGUUUAUGCAUUACAAAUCUCCUUCCCGAGGUAAAGCAGCAUGACAAAUUCCAUUUGUCACGCUGAGCUAAUUUGUAUUGCAAUUACUACUAGGACGAUACUUUUGCAGUUCAUGUGAAGCGGUUGGGCGGGAAGAACGGGGCGGUGAUUGACCCGAAAAACUUGGCGAAGGAAAACUUCAUCGCGACCGGGAAGCUCUUGUCCAUUUUACACCAGUUCCCGAACAAGCGCGAAACGUUGCUGUCCCGUUUGAAUCUCUGGAAGCUGAAGCAGCUCGAUUUGCACCUGCGCAUGGGGCAGAAGACGCGGGAGGUGAUGGCGCGGCACUACGGGGAAGUGUUCGAGAAACACAAAGACUAUCUGCAAAUAGGAAAAGCUGGCGCUGGUCGUGCUGGAAUAAAUCAGGACGGACAGAACAUGAACUCCGCGGGACGACCGCCGGGAGCUGCGCAAGUAGGGGAAGGUCAUGCGCAGCAAGGAGCACCGCCACAGCCGGGCUCUACUGUUGAUCAAGACGACUCCGAGACGAUGGAGCAUAAAUAUGGCGUUCUCAAACGUUACAAUUACAUUCUCAACUGUUACAUGCGUUUGUGAUGCAAGAAUGUCAAAAGUUAAAGUAGUGAAAGGGGUGACCCUGAAAGUGCCCGUCUUGCAUGACAGAUGGGGUGCAGAUUCUCAGCCUAUUUGGCCUUUCGAGAAUUUGCCAUGCGAAGCAGCUUGAUCGUGUCGAUUCUGCUUGUGAUUUUGCUUGACAAGUCAUGCAGUUGAGAGCGUAACAUUUGCGAGCCCCAUAACAAAAAACAGAGACUCAUCGAGGACUUGAAGCAGCAUACCCGGGAGAAGCUCACCCACCCCUUGCUCGCGCAGGGAGUGGAGGCCAUCGCCGCGCAGACCUAUUUGCGCCGGGAUUGCCGUCGGGGCAAGCAGUCAAGAGGGCACGAGUUGACAGAGUCCUUGAUUUUGCCGGCCGGGAAACGCGGGAAAUUCAUACUUCGCGACGCGGAGGACAGUGAGGAAGUCGACGAUGAGCAGGUGGACAAUAAGGUAGAUCGGGGGAAGUCGAAGUUGCUGAAACCGGUGGGCGUGGCCGUCGUAGUCUCUGAAAAUGACUCGGCAGCUGCAAGUAGUUCUCCUUCCUCUUCAGCGGUUGGUUUCAUAGAGCAGCAAAGAAACCUUCCAAAUGAGGACGACAUGGAGGUGGACCAAGAGGGAAAUGUAGAUCCUGGGGCUUCUGCCGCAGAGAGAACGCAAAAAUUCGGCGUUGAAUCUAAACAAGAAGCCGAUCCUCGUCCAGAAGAUCACCUUUCUGGUUCUCCAAGUGGAACAAAUGCCGCCGAUUCAUCGUCUGCUCGGGUAGUACAGAUGAAGAAGAAACUACCGAAAAACAAUAGGAAAAGUUCUCAACCCCUCGUUCUAAUAGACAAGCACGAUGUGCGUAUCGCUACGGGGGGAACGUGGACGGUAAACCUCUUCGAAUCCAACAACGCCGGCGAUUUUUGGGAAACGAACGAAGCGUUUCGCCAAUUGAUGACGCGGGAGUCGCAGAACAAGAACGAGCAAGCGCGGCAGUGCAAGUUGGCCUACGUCGAGCGGAAGAACAAGGAACUCGAGGAGAUCCGCCGCACGAGCAAGACGCACGGGUGGGGCAUCGUGCGGAUCAUGGACCCGGUGGGGAACGUGCGCGAAACCCGACGGAGGAUGGGGCGAGAGAAGAAGGGGGACGCAGCUGAAGAUAAUUCACCGGAAGGUGCUUGUGAUAUUGAUCCCAAAAUUAACCCGCUUGAUCUCGACUUGGAUGACGAUAAGGAUAUCUCAGACGGAAAUGGAGAGGGUGAAGAUCGAAUAGGUAUUAAAUCUCCAGCAGUGCAACUACAGCAAAAACGAUCAUUAUCAAAGCAACCGGAGAAGAUGUUCGAGAAGAACAAACGGCCCGCAUCUCCUUCCGUCCGCGCCGGAAUCGACUCCCCGGUCAUAGAGGACGAGGAUUUUGACGACCUGUUAGACGAUGAAGAAGACGCGUUUGACGAGGACGCGCUCUUCACUGUGGGCACAGAUUUGAACGACAUCCUGAAGCCGUCCGUGCGGGAACAGAGAAAAAUAGAUCUGCUGGCUGCAGGCCAGAGCAAAACUGGUCCUGCAGGUCGUGGUGGGUUAAAAUCAAAGCAAGCCGCUUCAACAUCCUCGUCGUUCUACUCUGGUGCUUUUCAUGGUCAACAAGAAAACGGGGCGUCGCAGAUGAAUUAUCGUGGCGUCCACCCGGAAACAGAGCUUCUCCGUGCGGCGGAGGAGGACAAGGAAUUCCAGGAAAGAAAAAAAGGCAAGCAGGUGAAAACGAAGCUGAUUCAGGAGCGCACCGUUCGGUAUGAGCUCGAAGAGAACCUGGAGUCCAGCAAGCUCGGCGAUUUUCCCCGGACCAUCGGCGCUUCGCGGAUCGUUCGCAUAGUGGAGCGAAGGGAGUUGGGGGAGGACGUGGCUACCAGCCUGGAAGAAGACCAGGAGCUGCAUGAGGGAGACGGAGAUGAUGUGGAGUUUCUCGGCGGGAGGUCAGGAAAGCACAAAUACAGCGAGAAGAAGAGCAAGCGCGGAAUUUCACCUCUCAGCGUUGGAAUUGGUAAACGAGGCAAAGACCACCACGACGAUUUUCUACCAGCGCAAGCGGAUGAUUUUGAAUUUGAUUUUGACGAGGGCGAUGGCCUUUUUGAUGCCUCUGCCGGAAUCAAAAACAGGAAGGAGGAGAAAGUGAAAGCAAGCACGACCUCCAAGAGGAAUGAAAAUCUCCCCGGCGUAGUUCCUCCAGCGGCUCUGAAGACAACAAGCUCGUCCGGAACCGCAGCUGGGAUUAGAAGCCAGAGCGGACAGGAAAGGAACAAUAAAGCGGAAGCGUUUAUUUUCAACAGAACCGUCAGCGCAGCAGCGGCUAAUACGGGUUUCAGGAAUAACAACAACGGAGUCGUCGACGAGCAGCCGCUUAUUGAGGAAGUAGUGGUCCAAGAUGUGGACGAACACCAGCAUGACGAGCAACAAGAUGAUGGAAAAAUAGAGCAGAACAAACCUCCUACCGAAGGGCUCGGUGGUGGACAAGUACAAGGAAAGGAAAAUGAGAAUCAAGUAAAUUUUGAAGACCAAACCUCUUCCGAUGGCAUUAUUGCUUCGGACUCCGAAGAGGGGCGACGGGAGGAGGGACGACCGCAGGACGAUGGGAGAAGCCGUCCAAAUGAAAGUACGGUAAAUGCUGCAAAUGGAGCUUCUGGAACUGCAAGUCAAAAUGCUCCUGCUGCUGACGAAGAUGAAGGUGAUGAUCACUACUGGGAUGACAUGUUUGAGGCAUGACGGCGUCGCUCGGCCGCAGAAGUUGAGGUUGAGCAAGCUGAUCUUUCAUCGCAUUGCGAUGCGCGUACAGGAGUAGGCUUUUUACGCUUAACCCGAUUUUCCGCGCUGAAGAUUCGUUGAUGGAAGUGGACAGCGCGAUGAACAUGAAAGCGUCAAAUCAUUAUGAUUCUUCUGCAGCUGCCCUUUAGACUCGAUCAUGCUAGUACAAGCAAAUAAUAGACCACGUGGCGCUGGAGAUCGUUGUUGAAACGAGCAUCAC